AUGACAACGACAACACCACCUUCUACACUCAAGCCAAUCAGAAGCGCGGCGAUCUUGAUAAUUGGAGACGAAAUCUUGAACGGGAAAAUACUAGACACCAACUCCUACCACUUUGCCCGCUUCUGUUUCAACAACUUGGCAAUUCCCCUCAAAAGGACCAUCGUUUGUGGGGACGACGAGCUCGAUAUAAAGAAUUCAUUGGACGUGUUGCUCAAGCAGGACAAAGUGGACUUUGUAGUAACUUCGGGCGGCUUGGGCAGCACGCAUGACGAUAUCACCUACCAAGUGUUGGCCAGCUAUUUCAAUCUCGACUACAAACUAGACGAGGAAGUGGUGAAGAAAAUGCAUUCGCUAAGAGACGGGUACUUGUCAACACUAAGCAAAGACCAAUUGGGUGCGUUCUACCGAAUGGCGACAUUGCCCGUGGCUUCAAAGGAUAGCCCCAUCUCAACAAAGAACCUAUUCUUUGAUGAAAAAUUGUGGUUCCCCAUUUUGGAAAUAGACCAAUCGGUAUAUGUCUUGCCUGGAGUGCCGCAACUCUUUACGCAGCUUUUAAAUGACAUGGAGCCAUUUUUGAAAAGGAGAGUUGCUCCCACAAACUUGAGCCGGAGGUACGUGGUGACAAAGACGGGAGAGACCCAGCUAGCUCCCUAUCUCACUAGACUACAACAGGAUUGCAUAGCCAAGCACGGUGAAGGGGUAGUGAAGCUCGGCAGCUACCCACACAUGGACCUGAAGGUGAACACAAUCAGCAUCAUAGGUAAAGACCUCGAAAACCCAAGCGUUUUGAACGGAAUAGUUGGAGACUUGAUAGAAAAUGUUGGAGGAGACGCCAAAGAGAUUUCACAGGAGGAGGAAGAUAAAUUGAGGUGA